AUGCAUCGCUUUUCCGGGCUCGCCAAAGAAGCCUCGGCUCUCCCGGGCUGCAGGAGCGAAAGGCAAGAGGCGGCCGUGCGGCUCCUGGCUUCGCUGGCGAGCGGGACCCGGCCGCCGCGCGACCCCCGGCCGCCGGGCCGCGAGGGGCCGCGGGCGCGCUGGAGCAGCGCCGCCAAGGCCUCGGCCGUGAAGCUCCAGGAGAAGCCGACCCGGGAGAAGAUCCUCACGUUGGAGUCCAUGAACCCGCAGGUGAAGGCGGUGGAGUACGCGGUGCGGGGGCCCAUCGUGAUGAAGGCGGGCGAGAUCGAGAAGGAGCUGCGGAAGGGAAUCAAAAAGCCCUUCACCGAGGUUAUCAAGGCCAACAUUGGAGAUGCACAUGCAAUGGGACAGCAGCCAAUCACCUUUCUUCGUCAGGUGGUGGCACUUUGCACGUACCCAAACCUGUUGGAGAGCCCGAGCUUCCCCGAGGACUCGAAGAAAAGAGCAAGGCGGAUCUUGCAAGGAUGUGGUGGAAACAGUUUAGGGUCUUACAGCGCCAGCCAAGGGGUCAACUGUAUCAGAGAGGAUGUUGCGGGUUACAUCGAAAGACGCGACGGAGGGGUUCCUGCCGAUCCAGAUAACAUAUACCUGACAACAGGAGCCAGCGACGGCAUUGCGACUAUUCUAAAGAUCCUUGUCUCUGGAGGAGGAAAAUCCCGAACUGGAGUGAUGAUACCGAUCCCCCAGUACCCCUUGUAUUCAGCGGUCAUUUCCGAACUGGAUGCCGUUCAGGUGAACUAUUACCUCGACGAAGCGAACUGCUGGGCCCUCGAUGUGAAUGAGCUCCGUCGUUCUUUGGACGAGGCCAAAGCUUACUGCAACCCGAAUGUGCUGUGUAUCAUCAAUCCAGGAAACCCCACAGGUCAGGUGCAAAGCAGAAAAUGCAUUGAAGAUGUGAUCCACUUCGCUUGGGAAGAGAAGCUCUUUCUUCUGGCCGACGAGGUCUAUCAGGAUAACGUUUACUCGAAGAGUUGCCAGUUCAGCUCUUUCAAAAAGGUUCUUUACGAGAUGGGACCAGAUUACUACAAUAACGUGGAGCUAGCUUCCUUUCAUUCCACUUCCAAGGGCUACAUGGGCGAGUGUGGCUACCGAGGAGGGUACAUGGAGGUGAUCAACUUGCACCCGGAGAUCAAAGGGCAACUUGUCAAGCUCCUGUCGGUCCGUUUGUGCCCGCCGGUCUCAGGUCAAGCCGCCAUGGACAUUGUAGUGAACCCUCCGGUACCUGGGGAGGAAUCUUAUGCACAGUUCAUCAAGGAAAAGGAGUUUGUCUUGAACAACCUGGCGAGGAAAGCUAAACUCGCAGAAGACAUGUUUAAUCAAGUACCAGGGAUCCACUGCAAUCCACUUCAGGGAGCCAUGUAUGCUUUCCCACGGAUCUUUAUCCCAGCCAAGGCCAUUGAGGCUGCAAAGGUUCACAAAAUGGCUCCUGACAUGUUCUACUGUAUGAAACUUCUGGAAGAAACAGGGAUCUGUGUGGUUCCUGGCAGUGGGUUUGGCCAGAGAGAAGGAACAUACCACUUCAGGAUGACCAUCCUCCCUCCUGUCGACAAGCUAAAGAUCCUGUUGGAGAAAGUGAAAGCUUUUCAUAUAAAGUUCCUUGAGGAAUAUUCUUAAGCAAAACAG